UUGACUCCGUCUCCAAUGCAAUUCAUCGACGGCAGCAUCCUCGAAGGAGGAGGCCAGAUUUUGAGAAAUGCAACAAGUCUAUCUGCUCUUCUGGGAAAGCCGAUCACAAUCCAAAAAAUACGCCAAGGACGACGCCCACCGGGUUUGAAAACUCAACAUCGCACUGGACUCGAGCUUGCUGCCCGAAUCUCCUCUGCCCACAUAGUUGGGGUUGCCAAUGGGGCAGAAACCAUAGAAUUCAGCCCUGGAGAAAUUAUACCUGGAGAUUAUCAUGCUGACCCACAGACUGCUGGAGCUUCGGCUCUUUUACUUCAAAUAGCCCUCCCCCUGCUGCUCUUUGGUUCGAAAUCAUCGACCCUCACGCUUAAGGGUGGCACAAAUGCCACAGGCGCCCCUCAGAUAGACUACAUCCAACAUGUUUUCCUCCCAUUUGCCAAGCGUCAUUUUGGGCUUACGGUCGAGCUCAAUCUGCGCCGAAGAGGCUACUUUCCUAAAGGUGGAGGGGAAAUCCACGUCACUGUCAAUCCUUCGCAUCGUCUGAAAGCGGCCAGUGUCAUGGAACGAGGAAGCGUGACUUCUAUUCAAGGGAUUGCUCAUGUUGCUGGACUUCCUUCUCACCUUGCUGACAAGAUGCGGGAUUCCGCCAUCGAACGGCUGAGUCGACAAGGCUUCGUUUCAGACUCUAUACCUAUCCAAAUCCGAGGCACUCGGGAAAGAAAUGAUAAUACCGUGGGCGGAGGCAGUGGAAUUGUGCUCUGGGCUGAGCUGUCCGGUGGGGGUAUCAUUGGUUUGAAGUUGCUCGUCUUUGCCAAGCUCGAGUCUAACAUCGACUACUCAGGAGGAAGCGCUGUCGGAAGCAAGCAAAAGGAUGCUGCUACGGUAGGCUCAGAAGCUGCUGAAGAGUUAAUUCGAGGCUUGGACAACGGUGGAGUUGUCGAUGAGUACCUGCAAGACCAAAUUGUGAUAUUGAUGGCCCUUGCCAGCCCAGAGAAUUCUUCAGAGAUCCAAUGCGGCACAGGUGGUCUCAGUUUGCAUACACGGCGCGAGCUAAUGAGCGACAGAACGGCCAUUUGGGUCGCAGAACAACUAACAAACGCAAAAUUCAACGUUUCGGUUGAAGCGGGCCAAACAGUCAUCCGCUGUAAAGGAAUAGGAUACUCAGCCAGUACCGAAUAA